AACACCCAUUGCUCACCUCACUCCCCACCCCACAUCGUCGACCACCAUGGCGGCGCCCAUAGCCACAAGAACCACCCUGUCCCUGCUGGCGGCGUGCGCCGCCGUCCUCGUGGCGGUGGUCGUGGUGUCGUCCUUGGCACCGGCGGCGGCGGCGAACGAGGAAGGGGACGCGCUGAUGGCCCUACGCCGCGGCGUCGAGGACCCCGACGGCGUGCUCGCGAGCUGGGACCCGAACCUGGUGAACCCGUGCACCUGGUUUCACGUCGGUUGCAACGACGACAACCGCAUCGACCGCAUAGAGCUUGCUAACAUGAGGUUGUCCGGACCCCUGCCGGCGGAGCUGGGGAAACUGGAGCAGCUGCAAUACAUGGAGAUGAGCGGGAACAAUCUCCAGGGCCCGAUCCCGUCGGAGUUCGGCGACCUGAGGAACCUGAUCAGCAUGGACCUGUACAACAACGACAUCUCGGGGCACCUGCCCAGCACGCUCGGGAAUCUCAAGUCCCUGCGGUUCCUGCGCAUCGACCACAACCGCCUGACGGGCCCGAUCCCCAGGGAGCUGUCCGGACUGCCCAACCUCGAGUCCGUGGAUUUCUCCAGCAACGACCUGUGCGGCACCAUCCCGACGUCCGGGCCGUUCGAGAACGUGCCCCUCAGCAGCUUCUCCAACAACCCGCGGCUGAAGCAGGGGCCGGGCGCGUACGACGCGCACUGCUAGACUGGCUUGCUUGGCUGCCAGCGCCAUGACAAUGAAUAACGACGGGCCGAGGCGCCGAGGCCCGAGCGGUAGGUGGAGUAGCGCGCCGAGAUCGUUGCGGGACGAUGACGACGACGCAGGCUGUUGUGUGCCAGCAUAUGCCAGGACAGGGGGGCCUCGCUCCUGAUCUGGGUUGUAAAACCUCCGCCUCUGACGUGACGGGGCUCGCUUGUACUCUGCACCUGGCGCCGAUCGCGUGAGAGAAGAAAAAAAA